AUGGCUGAGGCCAACGACGAUUCUGGGACCAAGCUCUCGGGGGAUUUCUUCGGCGGGACCCAAGACGUCCGGACCAGGGACCUGGUGUGCUUGGUGGCGAGCAUCGUGUCGAUCGCGCUGGUGCUCGUCUCGAUACAUGCGGUGAUACAGAGGAUCAGUCCCGAAAUAAAGAGCGUCGUCGUGGACGGACACUUCGGAAGCGUGCACGGGAGCGUCACCAUCGUCGCUGGCGUGCUUGUCAGCUCGUUCCUGGGUGUGCCGUACGCCGACCAGAGAACGCAGCGGUUCGCCGCGCCCAUACCUUGGCACAGGAAGUUGUAUCAAUUCGACGCCACGUCACCCGCACCCGCAUGCGCCCAGUCCAACAUCAAGCAAGAUGAGAUGAAUAUAAGCACAUCGGAAGACUGUCUGCACCUUAACAUCUGGACACCGUCGUGUGAUGGACGUAUCUGCCCGGGCAACCUAACCAUCAUCUUCUUCAUACAUGGUGGUUUCUUUCAGGCGGGCAGCAACAACGACCCGUACCACGACGGCCGGGUUCUGGCGGCGGUCGGUGAAGUGAUGGUCGUGGUCCCAAACUGGCGCCUGGGCCGGCUGGGCUUCGUCAGCAUGGCGACUGCCGAUUCGCCCCUGAACGUGGGCUUCCUGGACCAGGCCGAGGCGUUCCAGUGGGUCAGGCGCAAUGCGGAGCCUUUCGGUGGCAACGCCUCGGACAUCGUGAUCGUUGCGCACGCCUCGGGCGCGUCGGCGCUCGGCUACCACAUGUUCGCCGGCGAAGGGAUGGUGCCGGGCGCUCGAAAGUUGGUCUUCAUGAGCGAGAGCCCAUUUACCAGAUACCCCGUGUAUGGGCUUAACCGCGCACCGGAUCAGAUGAGGGCGAUCCUGGCCCGACUGCUCUGCGGCGACGAAGCAUCCACUAAGGGCGCCUGGCUGCAGUGUUGGCGCAGGCUGCCCGUGGAAUCGCUGUUCAAGACACCGCCCGGAGCUUUGCGGGGCCUGCCUACAUUCUUUCCCAACCUGCCGAUCAUGUGGAACCCCGUCAUGUGGAAGAAGCUCAGGGUAUCUGGAUUGAGCGUACUUAUGGGCUUCUCCGACAACGAGGCGCCGGCGCUCAUGGAGAAUUUCGCCGACUAUCUGAACGUCUAUCUGCAGGAAACUAAUACAUCGGCUAUGUCUCUUCUCUCGUGGCUUGGCUUUCCGCAGAAGGACGCUACUGAGGUCACGGAAUAUUACGCCGAGGGCGCUGGACAAAGGAAUUGGACUCAGGAACUCUUGAGCGACAUUGCCGUCGUCUGCCCAGUGCGGCUGUUCGCAGAACAGCUGCACGCCCUGGGCAAUCACGUACACACCUACGUGUUCCACCGCAGCGACCCUAUGAGUGAGGAAGGCGUCGGGAGGGAUGACGUCGUGCGGUACCUGUUUGGCAGCGCCAUAGCGCGGGACUUGACCAUCGAAGAGCGAGUGCUCAGCCGACGCGUCAUGGCCCGCAUGGUGCAGUUCUUCAAAACGGGCGAAAUCCACGGGGAGAACGACACGGUGGCUGAUGGAAAGUACUCCGUCACUUUUACUUCUAGCUCCAACGAACUUCCUCGCUGGGUACCGGACUUUCGCAAGGAGGCCUGCGAGAAUCUGCGGAAGUACUUCCCGGUCAUAGUCGAAUUGCCCGAUUCGGAGCAACGUUGACUGCGAACAAAAGCUGAUUGACAGUGUAACCAUUGUGCUCUCAUGCGCUCACAGUGCCGGAUUUUGACAGACACUUUUUAAUUUAAAGUUUGAACACAUUUACCUCUUGUGAUCGAAUAAUAACUUCAGUGCAGUAAUGUAUCUUAAUAGCCGCGGCUUUCUUCUUGACGCACAGCGAGCGCUUUCACGGAUAAUGAACCAUCUAAAUGUUCAGCGCAAUUUCAAACUUAAGCAGUGCGGGAGCGAAAUAAGCUAUUCAGCAUAUUUGCGCAAAGAGCCUUGACGAGACGUUUAUGAUGUGCAAGCAACGCAAAUGGAGGUUUUGUACGAAGGUUGUGACCUCGACUCAUGUAAAGCUCAGCGUGACGAAUGCAUUCUCGAACUUGGCAUUCUAAAGAUAGGACACUCCAAGGACGUAUCGGCUCCAGGAAGGUGUUUUGUUCUACACGAUGAGUGGCAGAAAACUUCGCGGCCUGUUUCUUGAAAGCUUGAUGAUGGUUCUUUAAAUAAAUGUCUAGUCAGCAUGUCCAGUUUAUUUGCUUUUCUCUAUGUUACGUUGUUAAACAUAGUCGUAUUUCCCAUAUAAAAAUUUACUAUUCCGUUGUUGUUCUGCUGA